AUGGACCGCACCUACAAGGGCGGCAUCAAGGCGUACUGGAAGCGCCGGGGCUACUACCGCAUCGACGCCGCCGCCGCGCAGCGCCGCCCGCCGCUCCCCACCGCGGAGCUCGGAGGCCGUGGCGUCGCCCAGGCCCCGGAGGAUGGCUCCGGCCGGCGCCAUCGCCGUCGCCGCGGGUGGCGCGUGCGGCGCGGCCAGCUGGGGCGGCGGCUGCUCUCCGCGCUGUCGCCGCGCCGGUGGCUCAUGCGGCUCCGCGACGCCUACGUGUCCGCCAUGCUGCGGCUGGCGUCCUCCCCCGCCGUCGUUGGGUACGGCGCCGGCGGGCCCUACUGCGCCACGGCGACCCACGGCCACGGGACGGCCGUGCAGCUCAAGGAGUACGACGAGAAGGUGCUGGUGGAGAUCUACAGGUCCAUCCUCGCGCGCGGCGGGCCUCUCCCCAUCGCCGUCACUACCGCCGGCGACGGCGCCGGUGCGCCUGCCGCCGCCGCCACGCUACGGCUACCGACGGCUGUUUGA